GUCACCUCAGUGCGCAGGCGCAACGCUGAGCCAGAAGGAUUGAGCAAUCGGACCAUCUCUUUUGUACAAAUCCUUGGUCCCUCACGCCAUGAACGAGGAGCAAAAGGCUCUCAUUCUCAGCUCAUCCUCUCACUUCUUGCCCCCUCAAGGAGUAAAGCUAUCAUAUGGAACGGCUGGAUUCAGAGCCGAUGCAUCACUUCUAUCAUCGGCGGUGUACCGGGUAGGUAUUCUUGCAGCUCUGAGGUCGCUGAAGACCCAGGCGGUGAUCGGCUUGAUGAUCACGGCCUCGCAUAACAAAAUCUCCGAUAACGGCGUCAAAAUUGCUGAUCCGAAUGGAGGAAUGCUCUCUCAGCAUUGGGAGCCCUUUGCUGAUGCUCUCGCCAAUGCCCCUUCUCCUCAAGAUCUUAUCCAGCUGAUAAACGAUUUUGUUAAGAAGGAAGACAUUCAAUUCAAUGGAGGCAGACCAGCUGAAGUAAUUCUAGGGAGAGACACAAGACCAAGCGGAGGCGCAUUGCUUAAAGCUGCCACAGAAGGAAUUGCUUCAAUUCUUGGUGCCGUUGCAACUGACAUGGGAAUUUUGACAACUCCGCAAUUACAUUGGAUGGUUCGUGCUAGAAAUAAGGGCAUGAAAGCCUCGGAAAAGGAUUAUUUUGAACAGCUUUCAAGCUCUUUCAGGUGCUUAAUGGAUUUGAUCCCAAGCGAAAAAAGCAACCGGAAGGGGUCAAAUGACAAGUUGGUUGUGGAUGGUGCUAAUGGUGUUGGGGGAGUAAAACUCGAAGUUUUACAGAAACAGUUGAAUGGUGUGUCCAUUGAGAUCCGUAAUUUUGGUGAAGAUGGAGGUGUACUGAAUGAAGGAGUUGGUGCUGAUUUUGUGCAGAAAGAGAAGGUUGUUCCUAAUGGAUUUGGUUCUGAAGACGUUGGGAUAAGGUGUGCUAGUUUGGAUGGAGACGCUGAUAGGCUUGUUUAUUUUUCUGUUGCACCAGAAAGCAACAGUAAGAUUGAACUUAUUGAUGGGGAUAAGAUACUAUCUCUUUUUGCCUUAUUUAUCAGGGAGCAACUUAGCAUUCUCAGUGAGGAAGAAGAUGUGAAGAACAGUCGCCAUGCCCAUCUUGGUGUUGUACAGACAGCUUAUGCAAACGGAGCAUCAACAAAUUACCUUAAACAGCUGGGACUUGAGGUCAAUUUUACCCCAACUGGAGUCAAAUACUUGCAUGAAAAAGCUGCUGAAUUUGAUAUCGGUAUCUAUUUUGAGGCAAAUGGCCAUGGAACCAUCUUAUUUUCAGAAGAUCUUAAGGGGUGGUUGGAGGCAAAAACUAAAGAGCUUUCAUCAAAAUCUAAAGGUUCAGAAAUAGAAAAAGCUUCUUUAAGGCUACUGGCAGUCAGUGAGUUGAUCAACCAAGCUGUAGGAGAUGCUUUGAGUGGAUUGCUUUUGGUGGAAGUCAUAUUACAGCACAUGGGAUGGUCAAUACAUGGAUGGAAUGAGCUUUAUCAUGACUUGCCUAGCAGGCAACUUAAGGUCAAAGUUGCUGAUAGAACUGCUGUGAUUACAGCUAAUUCAGAAACUGUGGUUGCGAGUCCCCCUGGCCUACAAGAAGCCAUUUAUGCAGAAACUGCCAAGCACCCCCAAGGACGUUGCUUUGUGCGGCCAUCUGGCACUGAGGAUGUGGUUCGAGUAUAUGCAGAGGCAUCCACGCAAGAAGCAGCAGAUAACCUUGCCAACUCUCUGGCAAAACUUGUGGAUCAAUUCUUGGGCUGCAGCAAAUCUUAAAAUCUUUCGACUCGAGAAAGAGAUCUUCAGUUUCGCAGAAUGAGACUUGGUGUAUCAGCUCUUUGUUUCCCCAAAUGUUGACUCAAGCUCUUUUUUUCUUUUUACCCUUUCUUGGGAGAAAAGAUGUGGGUCAUUUUCAAGAUGGACGUGAUUAUUAACCUUUAAAUUGCUUACUUGUUGAGAAAUGUCUGUAAACUAAAACAUCUGAUUUUUAAAUUUUAUGGCCUUAUUGAUUCGAUAAA